GGCCGCAUAAGGAUAAAAAUUAGUGGGGAAUCGGCUCUUCUGAUUCACUACCUAGAAUCGGCUCCUUUGCCUAUGAUCCCUCACUAGUUCAGAACUGCGCUGAAGAAACGCAGUAUUUUGCUGCGCUCCCUCUGCGCCUCCUCUGCGCCUCUUGCGCAUUAAACAGCGCUGUGCUCGCCGUCAACAAGCGGCAUGGCGGAGCCGACAGUGCGGAUGUCUGGUAUUGUUUUAGCCUCUCUCAUGUUCCAUCAUGUUAACAGCGACUCCGACGUGGAGGGUCUGGUCCUCGGAGAGAGCAGGUUUGAUGAGCAGAUCACCAUCAGCGACUCCCAGGCUGAUCACAUUCACAUCGAGGAGACGUACAAUGUCCAGAAGCACAUCGCCUGCCACAGACUGAACAUGUUGUACGACAGCACUGGGCAGGUGAAUGUGGAGGCGGUGAAGAAGAUGCUGGCCGACAACAAACAGGAAAGUGUGAUCGGUUGGUACCGUCAGCGCAGGAACUCGGACCAGAACAUGACGUUCAGAGAGAAGAAAGUUCACGAGAGUCUGAAGAACUUCCUGUCCAACCCGCACCUGGUCUUCCUGCUGCUGACGCCCUGCAAGGUGACGGCGCCGGGGUCGACCCACCGGACCGAGUACUCGGCCUUCAUCUCCCGCAGCAGACGCUUCGUGAACGUCCCGGUCCUCGUUGGUAACCUGGGUCUCCUGGAGCAGCUCGCCUACUGGAAGGACUCCGCCCCCAACUCUGCAGCCGGAUACAGCCGGACCAUGAAGAGACACGGGUCCAGGUUCUUCUGCUCCAGUGGUCUCCUGAGGGAGGUGACCGAGGUCAAUAAGAUGAAUGAUUCUCUGCAGUCGGAGCUGAAGAAGACGUGCAGAGACGUGGAGGACAGCGAGCGGCAGGUGGAGGCGCUACAGGAGGAGAUCUCCACUCUGAGGAGGAGGCUCAGGGAGGAGGCCGGCUUUACCAAGGGAGGAAAGGAGGAAGACGUGGUCGUCGUGGCGACGGAGCCGAGGAACCGUCUCCUCCUGGACGCCGUCACCGUUCUGUUCGUGGACUCUCCUCUCUUCACCUCCCAGACUCUGACCCUGGACGCCUUCCCUGUCCCUGAUGGCGUUUCCAUGACGACGCAGGUAAACCCAGAGACGACGACGGCGUCGACGCCAGCGAGCGUGGCGAUCAGUCGGAAGAGACCGGGGGAGACGGUGGACGGGAUGGAGAGGAAACGGAGGAGGAGCAAGACCUGAUGUCUCUUUAUUUUAUUUUAGUUUCAUUAAACGAGUUCAUUCUGAUUCCA